AACAAGCAGUUGCUGUAGCUGGAGGUAUAAUAGGAGGGAUCCUUUUAUUUGUUCUCAUUGGAAUAACUGCAUACCUGCUCUGGAAGAAGUUUUGCUGCCUCCUCUCUUAUGAAAAGCUCACCAGUCCUGUCAAAACAACAAAUGCAUAUGCCAUCUUUCAGGAUCAAUCCACUUCUGAAAUUCAACCAAAAUGCACAAGAUCCAGAAGUGUUCCAUUUAUCAUUCCCCCAACACUGCACAGGCGAGACUGGACUAACCUGACAAACAAAGAACAUGUUCAGGAAGACAGUGACCCCUACAUGAUUCCUCAGUCUGGGCCACGGUCAUCAUUUCAUUCUUUGGCUGGAGCUUAUGUUGUAGGGACCAUUAACCCAGAGCUGUACAAGUUUCCUGAAGACAAAAGUGAGACAGAUUUUCCUGAAGGCAACAUUGGCCGCCUCUGGUUCUCCAUAGAAUACGAGCAAGAAUCAGAAAGGCUCCUUAUCUCCUUGAUCAAAGUGAGGAAGCUGCAGCCUCCUGCCGAUUCCUGCAGUCUGUUUGUGAAAAUCUACUUGCUGCCUGAUGAAAGCAGCUACCUGCAGUCCAAAACAAACAAAACCCUUAACCCACAGUUUGAUGAAAACUUUGUUUUUCAGGUUUCUAGUAGAAUGUUGCUCCAAAGGACUCUGAAGUUUUUGGUUUAUCAUGUUGAUCAACAGAAAAAGCAUCAUCUCCUAGGCCAAGUUAUCUUCCCACUGAAAAAUGAAACAUUAACUGAUUGCAACAAACUAGUCAUAUGGAGAGAUCUGGAGAAAGAGAACUUGGAGCCUCCUUCAGAGUACGGUGAUAUCCAGUUCUCCCUCAGCUACAAUGACUACCUUGGCCAUCUCACUGUAAUGGUUCUGAGGGCAAGGGGAUUAAAGAUCCAGGAGGAGAGCCAUGCUGUCAGUGUAUAUGUCAAAGUCUCACUAAUGAACCAUAACAAAUUAAUCAAAAGUAAAAAGACAGCAGCUGUUCUGGGAUCUCCCAAUCCAGUGUAUAAUGAAACCUUCCGUUUCAAGGCAGAUCAGACGGAUCUGGAUACAGCAAGCCUGAGUCUAUCUGUGCUCCAGAGUAUCAAUGGCGAAAAAACACAUCUGCUAGGACAUCUAGUAGUUGGACCUUUCAUGUAUACCCACAGCAGAGAACUAGAACACUGGAAUGAAAUGAUCAGCAAGCCGAAGGAGUUGGUUAAACGAUGGCACGCUCUCUGCCACAGCUUGUAG